AUGGAGAAACUGUUUGAUAAAAAUAAAAAAAAAUAUAAAAAUAAAUUAUCAAUUAUUAAUGAAUAUGAAAAAAAAAUCGAUUGUAUAAUAAUUGACUUUAAUAAAUUAAAAGAUACAUGCACAAAUAAGGAAAAAAAAAUAUCUAAGCUUGAGGAAAUAACAAAAUAUAUGAAUGACCAAUUUUCUAUAAGUAAAAUACAAUUUGAAAAUAAAAUGAAUGAAUAUGUCAUAUUUUUAAAAAAAAAAGAUUCAGAAAUAUAUAUGUUAAAAGAACUCAUAAAAGAAAAAGAAAAGGUUAUCUCAUUUAAUGAAAAUAUAUUAAAACAAUAUAAAGCUGAUAUUGAUGAUAUGCUAAAACAAAAUAUAGAAAGAGUGGAACAUGUAAAAAAUAAAUUAAAAAUACAACAAAAUAUGAUUUCCGAAAAAGAUUUAAAAAUAAGUAAACUUGAGGAAGAUAUGCGAGUAAAUGAAUCUAAAAUAAAUGCAAUGGAAAAUAAAAUUAAAGCCUUACAAAAUCAAGUCGAAUUAGAGGUAACAGAGAAAAAUGAAUUUAAAAAAAAUUACGAAAAGGAAAAUAAGGAAAAAGACACACUCUCUAAAAAAUUAGACGAAGUUAUUAAUGAAAAAAACAACUUACAUUAUAAAAUAGAAGAAUUAUUAAAAACUGAAAAAAAUAUUAUUGAUGAUAAAGCAGAGCUACUUGAAUGUAAAAGUGAACUAAGUAUAGAAAAUGAAAAAAUUAAACUUGAAAUAAAUACUAUGAUAUUAGAAAAGGAAAAGAUGGAAGAAAAGUACAAUUUAGCUAACUCCGAAAAAGAACAAAUAAAUAAUGAAAUGAAAAUAUUAAAAAAGAAUUAUGAAAAUAAUGUUAAUGAAUUAGAAAAAUUAAAGGAAGAAUUGAAAAAUGUUCAAAAUGAUUACAACCAAUUGAAAGAAGAAAAAGACAGAAUUGAAAAAAGCUACUCAACAGAAAUAGAAGAAAAAAAUAAAAUCCAAAAUAGUCUUGAAGAGACAAAAAACGAAUUAAUAACCUUCGAAAAUCAAAAAGAAUUGCUACAAAUCGAUUUGAAUAAUUUACAAAAACAUCUUGAUAAAACUGUUAUAAAAAAUGACGACGAAAUUAAAGGGUUAAAAAAACAGCUAAGCGAAUUGGAAGCAAAAUUAGAAGAAGCAAAUAAUCUAUAUUUUAAAGAAAAAGAAGUUAUAGAAAAAUUAAAUAAAGAAAAAAAUAAAUUUAUAAAAGAGUUUGAUAAACUAAAAAGUAAAAAUAAAAAAAUUACAUCAAAAAUGAAAGAAACACAAAUCUCUAAUGAAAAAACAAUAAAUGGUGUUAUAAAAGAAAAAAAUGAAUCCUUAGAAAAAGAAAAAAGUAAAUUCACAGAAAAAGUGCAAUCAUUAGAACAAGCGUUUCAAGAGUCAUAUAACGAAUUACAUUGCCAAAAAAAAAAUAUACAAAAUGAAUUAGAAGAAUUAAAAAUAAUUAACCAAGAUAUAAAAAACAAUUCAAAAAAUCUUCUAAAUGUUAAUGAUGCGCUAGUUAAAGAAAUGAAAACAUAUAAUAUCGAAAAAGAACAAUUCAUUAAAGGUUUAAAAAAUAUUAAAGAAGCAUAUAUAAAAAUAAAAAAUGAAAAUCAGCAGCUUAAAAAAAAUGCAUUUUUAUUUAUCCAAAAAGACAUAGAACAAAACUAUGUUCCAAUUAAUAUACACAACACUGUUUUAAAUGAAAAAAAAACUUAUAUUUCAGAAAUUGAUAUUCUUAAAUCGAAAGUUAAAAACUCAGAAAAUGAUAUAUCUAAUUUAUCCAAAGAAAAAUCAAAACUUUCUGAAAAAUUAAAAAAAAUUAAUCAACAAAAUGAAGAUCUAAAUACGAAUAUAAAGGUUAAGAGCAAAAUAACAGAAGAUAUCAUGAGAACUGUUGAGAAACUAAAAUCAGACAUAACCAAUAAAGAAGAAGAAAUAAAAAAGAAAAGCCUCGAAAUUAAAAAAAUGGAAAGAGAAUACAAAACUUUAUUGGAUGAUUAUAAAAUGGAAAAAAAAAAUUUAAUCGCAAAAUAUGAAAAUGAACUUGAUGAAUAUAUGAAUAAGUGUGAAUUUGCUCAUUCUAAGUAUAAGAAGUACGAAGAAGAAGUUAAAGAAAUGAAAAGCAAAUUAAAGAAGAAGGAUGAAAUAUUGGAGUAUACACAUAAGGAGAUCGAAAAUAUUAAAGAAUCAUUCUGCAAAGAAUAUGAACAUAAAAUCCAAGCUGUUAUUGAGGAAAAGGACAAAGAGAUUCAUGCAAUUCAAAAGAAGUUUAAGGAUCUCACCGAAGAAAAUACAGCAAAUACGAACGAAAUUGCAAAAUUAGGUAAAAUGCUUGAAGAGGCAAACAAAAAGAUUAAAAAGAGAGACAUGGAAAUGUAUAUAUUACUUGACGAAAAUAAAAAACAAAAAGAAAAGGCAGCAAAAAAAAUGAAUAAAGUUAAUGAGUUAUUAAAUAAUUUACAAAAAGAAUACACUAAUAAUAUACCAUAA